ACUUUUCCCUCCUUGAAUCCUCGUCUCUUUCCUUUGGCGACUAUAUAAAGCUCACUACUCCGAACCAAAUUCAAAUUCAAAUCUGAUAAACACACUCUCUCUCUCUGACUAGACCAAAACCCUAACCACCGCCACAACCAUGUCAUCGCCGGCGAUUGUGCUCCUCAUCCUCUUCAUCCUGGUCGUCGCUGCUUCACUCCUCCUCUACUACCUCCGCCGAUCACAACCUGUCCGUCACUCCGCCAACGCCCCCGUGCCGCUGCAGCACUCACAGUCUCGCCGCCGGCAAGUCUCUCCUGCACCUUCCUCCUCCGGCCUCCUCCUCCUCCUCCCGCGGUUCAAAUUCUCCGACCUGAAACGCCCUGGCUCCGUCACCGUCGGCGGAGACUGCGCGAUUUGCCUGGCGGAGUUCGAGCCGCAGCACCAGCUCCGCCUCCUCCCUCUCUGCCUCCAUGCCUUCCACGUAGAUUGCAUCGACACCUGGCUCGCCGGCGAGUCGCUGAUUUGUCCAGUUUGCCGCGCCGUGGUCUUCCGGUCCGACUCGGACCUCCUCCUCCAGACAGCCUCCUCCGCCGGCGGAAGCUUCCGGCUGGCGAUCGGCAACGUCAGCAGCGGCCGGCGUCAGGACAAUUCGAGGAGCUCGCGAACUCACUCAAUUCGCGGAGGUGAAUUCGAGUAUGUUGUGGAUGAGGAAUGGGAGCUUCAACUCAGAGAUGCGAUUCACGACGUCGAAGGCGAGGACGGCGAGAUCGUCGCCGUCGUUAUCGACAGCCAACCUCCGCCGUCUACGGUGGAGUAUCAAAGCUCCUGCGGCAUGAUUUUCACAGGGAGCAGCCGUCGUUGGACGGAGCUAUCCGAGGGACUGGAAACGAUUUACCGGUGGCUCUCCUGAAGUUGAGGUGAAAGAGAUGACUUAAACGACAGUCGUUCCCACAAUACUAAGACAACGUUUUAAUCAGCGUGUUUAGAAAAACUGAAGGAGUGAAAGAAAAGGAGAAGAAAAUAAGGUAGAACUGUGUUUGAUAAAGCUCUAGUAUUAAUGUUCAAUGCUAUCAGCAACUAGUUGUGGUUCGUAGAAAUCAGUGAAAGAAAACAAGUUAGAUCAAGCAAUAGUAUAGUUCGUAAGAUGCGACAUUUUU